GUUGUUUGGAGUCUCACCUUCAAACAUUUGUAUAUUUGUUGGGCAAUAUAUCGAUGAAGUACAGGUUAACGAAUAAUUAUUUACGUUAGUAAAUAAAAUUAAAAAAAUUCAAAUAUGAGUAACUAUUUGAUAAUAAAUAAUUUUAAAAAAUCUAGAUAAAAUUUUUUAAAUUUAGUACUUAUUGAUAAUAAUUUAUAAUAAAACUGAUAAUCCAGCCAUGGAUCUUCUAUACACUGUUAACCGCAAAACAUCAACAAAAUCAUUUUUCAGCAACGACAGUCUUCUGGACGGUAAUUGUUUGUGUACAAUUUCAAGCCGCAAUGUCGCAGCUUUUACAACAACUGUAUUAUUUGAUGAUAUCAAUGGAAAAACGUGGGGCUCUCAUAUCUAUGUCUGUGAUAUCAACAUGCCUACUCAUGCUCACAAAGUUACUUCAUUCCGAUUCAAUCCUAUAACAGCAAUUGAAUGGGAUUUGUCUGGUGAUAAAUUGGUGAUAGCAGAUCGUGGUGGCAAUGUACAAUUAUGGAUGUUUAGAGAUUAUAUAUUAAAUGAUUUAGUUUUAAUUGGGUCUGCCUCAUUUUCUGGCGAACAUAUUCUUGGUGCUGUUUGGUUCCAUAAUGGAAAAAAGACAGCACUGGUGACUGAAAAAAAAGAUAGUAUUCAUUAUAAUGAAAAAUUUAAUAAUGUUCCAUUUGCACCUUCGGUACGUCAGUUUGGGGGUAAAGCUGCAGAAGGUGUUUUGGUAGUAUCAAGUACAGGGAUGGUUGCAGCAGUUAUGAUAACAAAAGACUUACAAAAUCCAGUUUGCAAUGCGACUGAAAGCUUAGGAAAUAUUCGUCAAAGAAUUAAAAAAGUUGAUAUAUGUUAUGGUAAAAAUGGACAUUUUUUAAUAGCCGUAACAAGCGGAACGACAAGUUAUCCAAUAAGAUGUUACCGGGUAUUAGUACGUAAAAAUGAUGAUAAAUGCAGUAUAACAUCACAGGCAUUGCCAAGUUUUUUUUUACAAGACGGUGCAUUAAAAGAUGAUUGUACAAAUAUAACUCAUUUAAAAUUUGUUGUACGUGAAGACGCUGAUUCUCUAGUUGUUGCAUCAAGCGGUGAAACAGAAUCAUUUGUUGAUGUAUGGGAAUUACGUGAAAAAUCACAGCCUGUACACAAAUCAUUUCAACCGAAAAAUUUAGAAUCAUUUAAAACAGUUGUUUGGCAACAUCAGUCCCAGAAUCGUUGUCAAUCACCUGUGAUAGCUAUUGCAACAACAAAAGUGUCUAUUGUAACAACACCACCACCACCAAGUCCUGUAAUAAUAGCACUGGCUGAUUCGACAAUACAUUAUCUAACUCGUGAUUGUUUGAAACAAGUUGCAUUAUCGUCUUUAAAUAUGACAUCAUCAGCCUGUUGGCGUCAAGAUGAUCAACAGCAGCAGCAACAACAACAACAGCAGCCAAGCGCUAAACAUUUAAAGACAUCAGUAACAAUAUCACACAUUGACAUGUCUUGGUUGGGUUUUGUAUUACUUGCGUGUGAUACUCAGGGCAAUUUAUAUGUUUACAGAUUAAUGCCCGAUGGUGGUACGACAAUAACACUGAGUUAUGCAUGUACGAUGUUGGAGUAUUGUCUAGUUACCGGUACAGAUUGGUUGGAUUUAUUAUUUUGUUUACGAUCAUCGAUGAUCGAGACUCUGUGUGAAAGAUUCGAUGCUUCAUUUAAUCGUCAAUCUCAACCCACUCAACAAUAUCACUAUAUAUUAUUUUUAUGCAUCAAAACAUCAUUGUACAGAAUGUUAGUUACCGGACAAAAUAGAGCCGCUGAUUUAUCAUCAUUAUUGAUGAUCCACAGUAUCGCUACUGCAUUCAAAUCAUUAUUGAGGCCUUCCGAUUUAACGUCACUUAAUGAGAAAGGACCAGUUGAAUGUUUGUCAGCUGUCAUAAAUGAAACGACUAUUGAUAUUGAUAAAGUUUUAUGUAUAUUAGAUCCAAAAAAAGAAUUUACUGUUGAGCCUAGUACUCUACAAUCAUUGAGACAAUUGAUACAGUGGGUAGCUGAUUUAACUUUAAAUUUACUUGCAAGACUUCCCGAGCAGCGAAUGCAAAUGAAACCCGGAGGAUAUGAACUUUUGAAAGAUUAUAAAGCUCUAAAUACUGUCAGAGAACUUCUGGUACUGAUAAGAAUUUGGGGAUUACUGAGGCCAUCAUGUUUGCCGGUAUUUUUUCGUAGUGCUGACAAUCUUGAUGUCUUGGGAUUAUUAUUUCGUUUAUUAUCGAAACUUGUACAGUCCAGUGGAGAUACUUCUCAGCGAAUAGACGACGGUCUUAUUGACGAUUGUUGUUUACUGCCAAACCAAAUAAUGAUACCGCAAUUGCAUCAGGCAAAUGGUAUAACAGCGAUAGCAUCGCCUGUAUUAUUUUAUCAAAGUCUUCCAUUGCAACUUGAAUUUAAUACCGAGCCUGAGCACUUGUUGUUUGUACCAGAAUUAAAUCAAAUUGAGGGAUGUAUGCAUAGUGGCCAAAGUGUUGAUAUUAUUCGUCAUAUUUAUUUGGGUAAACAACCGUUAGUCGUUAAACAGUGUACAAGAUGUGGUGGAAAAGCUCAGGUACAAAAUAUGACUCGUACCGCAGCAAUAAGAGCUUGGGAUCUACGUUGGGCACGUUCUUGUCGUUGUGGUGGAAUAUGGAGGAUACAUAAAAUAUCGUCAUAAUAAUUUAUUUAUUGUAAUUAUUAUCAUUAUUAUUUUAUAAAUGAAUAUCAAUUAAAAAUACAUAAAUAUGAAAAAAUUAAAUCGGUUAUCAAGUUGGUAAUUAAAUGGAAACAUACAAAUUUAUGAUGAAUUAACUCAAUAUUGUAAACAAUAAAUGUAUUUUUAAUUUUUGAAA